CUGUAAUAACAGUAGAGAUUCAAACAUGAGAGAAAAAAGCCAAAGUUGGUUCUUACAUGACAGUGAUCAAAGAUUUUGCUGUAUUGUUAUUUGAUAUUGUGUCAGUAUCUCUGAUACAGUUUUUACAGAAAAAAAAAGUUAAAAAAAAACCGAAUAAAAACACAACAAAAAUUCAUGUCAAACCGAGUAAAAUAUACUCUCUUGGGUAAUUAAAAAAUCAUUAGUUCUUGGGAAGUGUAAAGAUUUCUCACAGAAGAGGACCACGCCUAGAGAUUGGAAUAUCAUUGUCAAGUAAUACUACUAACAAUAACUCAAUUUUCAUCAUCAUCAAAAUUUCAGCAGGUGAGUUUCCUGGUUCUGAAGUUUCAAACCUUGCUGUUUUAAGUUCAUUUCAACACUAAGUGUUGGGAUUUUUAAUUUGUUUGAGGAGUAUUAAGGAAGUACAAUCAUGAUGUAUGGGAGGUAGAACAGCGAGAACUGGUGUAAAAGAUGAGAAGAAAGCAGCAAAAGGAAUGUGGAGCUUUGAUUCCCAAUUUCAAGUUACCAACACACUUUGUAUAAAAGGAAGCACGAUCCAUUCAUUCCCCGUUUCUGAUUUUGGGAUAUUCAAUCAAUCUGUUGGAUUUCGCAUAGAGGAUGCUGCUACCCUGAGUGGAAGAUUUGACAUGACAUGUGGCAGUGCAGACGCUGUGUUUAAUUCGGCAAAAGCAAGUGGCCAAGCAGUUUCUCCAGAUUGCAACCAUAUUGGCACUUUGGAUAAGACUCCAACUUCAUUUGCUAUAAAUCGAUCCGCCACCCAAGUUGAAUCUAGAUUGCCAUUAGAAAAAGUUCAACAAACAAAUCUGGUCUCCAUAUCUAGUGGUUAUACAGAAAACUGGGGAGAAUCCAAUAUGGCUGACGCUAGUCCGAAGACUGAUAUCUCAACUGAUGCGGACACAGAUGAAAAAAGUCAGAGGUCUGAUAGAGGAAAAUUAAAUGCUGUUGUGGCUUCUGAUUCUAGUGACAGAUCAAAGGGUAGUUUGGAUCAAAAGACUCUUCGUAGACUUGCUCAAAAUCGUGAGGCUGCAAGAAAAAGCCGAUUGAGAAAGAAAGCAUAUGUGCAACAGCUGGAGAGUAGUCGUUUGAAGUUGACACAAUUAGAGCAGGAACUCCAGCGGGCUCGGCAGCAGGGUAUAUUCAUAUCAAGCGCAGGAGAUCAAAGCCAUGCGAUGGGUGGAAAUGGUGCCAUGGCAUUUGAUGUAGAGUAUGCCCGGUGGUUGGAAGAGCAAAAUCGACUAAUUAAUGAGCUGAGAACGGGAGUUAAUUCUCAUGCAGGCGAUGCUGAACUUCGUAUUAUCGUUGAUAGUGUAUUGGUUCACUAUGAUGAAAUCUUCAGGUUGAAGAGCAAUGCAGCUAAAGCGGAUGUUUUCCAUUUGUUGUCUGGCAUGUGGAAAACACCUGCUGAGAGGUGUUUCUUGUGGCUUGGUGGUUUCCGUUCAUCUGAGCUUCUAAAGCUUCUUGUAAGCCAAUUGGAGCCUUUGACAGAGCAACAGUUGGUGGGAAUUAGCAACUUGCAACAAUCCUCCCAGCAGGCUGAAGAUGCAUUAUCUCAAGGGAUGGAAGCCUUGCAGCAGUCUCUUUCGGAGACAUUGUCCACUGGUUCUUUAGGCUCGUCCGGAUCAUCUGGGAAUGUGGCAAACUACAUGGGUCAAAUGGCCAUGGCCAUGGGAAAGCUAGGUACCCUUGAGGGGUUUAUUCGUCAGGCUGAUAAUCUACGUCAGCAAACGCUACAACAAAUGCAUCGGAUAUUGACAACCCGCCAGUCAGCUCGUGCACUGCUUGCGAUACAUGAUUACUUCUCCAGAUUACGGGCUCUUAGUUCCCUCUGGCUUGCUCGGCCAAGAGAGUGAAAAUGUCCUGUUUCUUACUGGAACUGAUAUAGGUCCUGCUGGAAAAUCUCAACUUGAUAACUUUCGGUCUACUCAUUAAACCAUGUAGCAUGUCUUUUAAUUUCUAUAUUUCUUGUGCUUUAGUUUCAGUAAUCCUUGCCAUUAUGUGUAUUAAGGUGUUUAGUCUUGUAUUGCUUGUUUUCAAAUGAUCAUGUAAUAUAAACUUUUUCUCCAAAGUUAUAUUUGUCUUUGUCAUUUACAUCUUUUACGGCAACAAUCAAUCAUCAGUAGAAGUUUCUCCAAUGUUCUUCAGAAUUGGUCCUGGAAAAGAGUUGUUCCUUGAAGACAGAAUCCUGUAACUAGAACAAAGUGGAAGUGGACCCUCAAACGAGUUAAAACUUAGGUCUACAUCAGAGGUUGACUCAAUUGAUGAAAUAGGCUAACUUAAUUAAUAGGAUCAUAGAGGCUAGCUCAAUUGGUAACUCUUCGAAAUGAGUGGUUGUCGGUUUGAGUGUAGUGAUGAUCUUUGUUGAGAUUAUAUUGAAUCUAUGAUUUGUAAAAAAAACAAAAAAGAAAAUUAGGUUUACAGCAAUGGCAGCUGGUGCAAAUUUUAGUGAUAUGGAAGCCAUCGUUUUAACUUGUUAUUUUAGAGACACAAAUUUCGAAGCUGUGGACUUUGAUCCCAUCCCAAAACCAGUCAGGUAUUACAAAGGGACCUCAGUUCCCAUAGAUUCAGGUAUUGGCUCUCCCAUUUAAAGCUGCUACAACACAUGCAUUUUGAAGGCAAGGCUGAUCAUAUGGAUAUCUGAAGUCAAGCUUGGUGACAUGAGCCGUCAGCUUGUUGGAACCAACACCAGACCAUCUAAAGCAAUCCCUGCCAAACCAAGAAGAAAGCCUGAUUGAGUGAUCUUUAAGGCCUGCUUUGAACUCGUGAAGUGCUUUCCUCUGAAUUUGAUUGCAACUUGCUGAGAGGUUGCUGGUGGAAACGGCCUUUUGGCUAAAAAGUUGGUUUUCACUGUAACCUCAAUGCUAAAUGGAUGGAAAAGUUGAGCGU